GGUGAGUGCCACACCGGCGUUUUCGCGCCUCCACCACCCAUCUCGUAUUGUCGCAUCCGCGAUUUCACUCAUCACCAACAACAUGACCGCGCUGCUCCCGCCCAACCUCUUGCGGCUGUUCGCGCCGCGCCCGCCCGUGCCAUACCUCAAGCCGCUGGCGAAGGAUGACCGCGACCGCGGGCCGGACCGCCUGGCCGGCAUCAGCGGGGUCGUGAAGCGCUUGCGCGAAGAGGCGGAGGAGAAGGCGUACAAGGAUGGGCUGGAGGGCAAGCCGACCGAGGCAGAGGGCAAGGAGGAGACUGGGGACGAGGCCGCGGCCAAGAUGGACGUCGACGAGAAGCCGAAGCGGAAAAAGGACCCCAUCGCCGCCGCAGGCGUGAUCGGGCAAGAGGCCGUCAAGAUGCGGCGCGAGGCGCGCGCCAAGCGCCAAGCCGCGUACAAGAAGGACGCGGAGGCGAGCUGGGACCCGACGCACGACCCGAAGGUCAUGGGCGACCCGUACAAAACCCUCUUCAUCUCGCGGCUGUCGAGCAAGGCGACCGAGGCGGACCUGCGCCACGAGUUUGAAAUGUACGGCCACAUCGAGCGCAUCGUCAUCGUGCGCGACCGCAAAGGCAAGUCCCGCAACUACGCGUUUAUCGUGUACGAGCGCGAGCGCGACAUGAAGGCCGCGUACAAGGACGCGGACGGCAUUCCGAUCCACCACAAGAAGAUCAUCGUCGACGUCGAGCGCGGCCGCACCGUCAAAGGAUGGAAGCCGCGGCGGCUGGGCGGGGGCCUCGGCGGGCGCCCGAAGCCCGUCGUCGAAGCGCCGCCGGCGUUUGGCGGCUUCGCGCCCCGCGGCGGGUUUGGGGGCCGCGGUGGCUUCCGCGGCGGCGGCGGGAGGGGAGGCGGGUUCCGCGGCGGAGGCGGCGGCGGGCGAGGGGGAUUCGGCGGCGACCGGGGCGGGUUUGGUGGAGGUGGUGGAUAUCGUGGUGGACCAGGGUUUGGUGACCGCGGUGGGUUUGGAGGCGGCGGCGGGCGCGGUGGGUUCGGAGGCCCCCCCGGCGGCCCGGGCUUCGGCGCGAGGGAUAGCGGAUACGCGCCGCGCGACGGUUUCGGCGGACCACCCAAGCGCGACUUUGAUGCGCCCGGCGGCUUUGGCGGGUACGAGGACCGCGACUCGAAGCGGCCACGGUAUUAGUGUCGUGACUCCAACCUGUCGCCAUGACUUCCAGCUGUACUCGAGACCUGACACGGCAAGGCAACUGCAGUGCAAUGCGAUGCAACGCGCACAACACAACACAACUGGUAGAGUAGAUGCGGGCUUACGGCAGCCCUGCCGCGUAAGUAUGUACUAGGCAACAUGUCAAUGUCGUGCUGUGUGGUGGGUAGGGUAUGGUGGGUAUGGUAGGUGGUGUGGCCGAGUCUUGACGCCAGCGGG